AAAUACUUGAUAAUUGUUCAAGUUGGACAUCAAUCAGUUCAUAGUUUCAACUAGAAGCAACACAAAAAAUCAAUCCUCAACAUGUUCAAAUACGCUGUUGUCAUCCUCGCCGUCAUCGCUUGCGCUGCUGCCAAGCCUGGAGUUCUUCUGAGCCAGCCAUUGGCUUAUGCUGCUCCAGCUGCAGUUGUUGCUGCUCCUGCUCCAUAUGUGACAGCAACCAGCAGCCAAGUGAUUGCCCGCAACUACAAUGGAAUCGCAGCAGCUCCAGUGAUUGCUCCAGUUGCUACUCCGUUGGCUGCUCCAAUUGCUGCUCCAGUCAUUGCCAAGUACGCUGCUGCUCCACUGGCUUAUAGCACUUCCUUGGCAUACAGUGCUCCUUUGAGCUAUGCUGCUUCUGCACCACUUUUGAUUUAA